AGAGCCAUGCUGCCCAAGCGCGCCAAGGCGCCCAGCGGCGGCGGCACGGCCAAGGCCGGCGCGGCGGAGCUCAAGGUCUUCAAGUCCGGCAGCGUGGACGGCCGAGUCCCCGGCGGGCCGCCCGCCUCCAACCUGCGCAAGCAGAAGUCGCUCACCAACCUCGCGUUCCUCACGGACUCGGAGAAGAAGCUGCAGCUGUGCGAGCCCGAGUGGAGCGACGACAUGGCCAAGGCGCCCAAGGGCUCGGGCAGGGGCGGCCCCAAGGGCCGCGAGGCGCCGCUCAUGUCCAGGGCGCUGUCCAGGUCGGAGCACUCGCUCUUCCAGGCCAAGGGCGGCCCGGCGGGCGGCGCCAAGACCCCUCUGGCUCCGCUCGCGCCCAGCCUGGGGAAGCCAAGCCGCAUCCCGCGCGGCCCCUACGCCGAGGUCAAGCCGCUCAGCAAAGCUCCCGAGGCGGCCGUGAGCGACGACGCCAAGUCGGACGACGAGCUGCUCUCCAGCAAGGCCAAGGCGCAGAAGGGCUCCGGGCCCGCGCCCCCCGCCAAGGGCCAGGAGGAGCGCGCCUUCCUCAAGGUGGACCCCGAGCUCGUGGUGACCGUGCUGGGAGACCUGGAGCAGCUGCUCUUCAGCCAGGUGCUCGACCCUGAGUCCCAGAGAAAGAGGACUGUGCAGAACGUCCUGGAUCUGCGCCAGAACCUGGAGGAGACCAUGUCCAGCCUGCGAGGGUCCCAGGUGACUCACAGCUCCCUGGAGAUGACUUGCUACGACAGUGACGACGCCAACCCCCGCAGCGUGUCAAGCCUGUCCAACCGCUCGUCGCCCCUUUCCUGGCGCUACGGCCAGUCCAGCCCGCGACUGCAGGCCGGGGACGCGCCGUCAGUGGGCGGCAGCUGCCGCUCGGAGGGGACGCCCGCCUGGUACAUGCACGGGGAGCGCGCGCACUACGCACACACCAUGCCCAUGCGCUCCCCAAGCAAGCUCGGCCACAUCUCGCGCCUGGAGCUGGUCGAGUCCCUGGACUCGGAAGACGUGGACCUCAAGUCCGGCUACAUGAGCGACAGCGACCUCAUGGGCAAGACCAUGACGGAGGACGACGACAUAACCACUGGCUGGGAUGAGAGCAGCUCCAUCAGCAGUGGGCUCAGUGAUGCCUCCGACAACCUCAGCUCCGAAGAGUUCAAUGCCAGCUCCUCACUCAACUCCCUGCCCACAACGCCCACGGCGUCUCGCAGAAACUCGACAAUAGUGCUGCGCACAGACUCAGAGAAGCGCUCACUGGCGGAGAGCGGGCUGAGCUGGUUCAGUGAGUCGGAGGAGAAGGCCCCCCGCAAGCUGGAGUACGACAGCGGCAGCCUGAAGAUGGAGACUGCGGGAUCCAAGUGGCGGCGGGAGCGGCCCGAGAGCUGCGACGACGCGUCCAAGGCCGGGGAGCUGAAGAAGCCGGCAGGCCUGGGCCCGCCCGGGCCCCUGAAGAAGGGCAAGACCCCGCCCGUGGCUGUCACCUCGCCCAUCACCCACAUGGCCCAGAGCGCCCUCAAGGUGGCAGGCAAACCCGAAGGCAAGGCCGCCGACAAGGCGAAGCUGGCCGUGAAGAGCGUGGGCCUGCAGCGCUCCUCCUCAGACGCCGGCCGCGACCGCCUGGGCGACGCCAAGAAGCCUCCCUCAGGCAUCGCACGCCCGUCCACAUCAGGGUCCUUCGGCUACAAGAAGCCCCCUCCUGCCACGGGCACGGCCACCGUCGUGCAGACCGGGACCUCGGCCACGCUCGGCAAGGCCCAGAAGUCCUCGGGCAUCCCCGUGAAGCCAGCGAACGGGCGCAAGACAAGCCUGGACGUGUCCAACAGCGUGGAGCCCGGGUUCCUGGCCCCCGGCGCCCGCUCCAACAUCCAGUACCGCAGCCUGCCGCGGCCAGCCAAGUCCAGCUCCAUGAGCGUGACCGGCGGGCGCAGUGGCCCCCGGCCCGUGAGCAGCAGCAUUGACCCCAGCCUCCUCAGCAGCAAGCCGGCGGGCCUGGCACCCUCCAGGCUGAAGGAGCCCUCCAAGGUGGCCGGCGGGCGGGCCACCCCGGCCCCCGUCAACCAGACGGAUCGGGAGAAGGAGAAGGCCAAGGCCAAGGCCGAGGCGCUGGGCCCUGACGGCCUGUCCCUGAAGAGUGUCAGCUCCCCUGAGAGCACACCCCGGAGCCAGGCGGGCCACGCCCCGGCCCCCAAGCUGGCGGAGCUGCCCCCUACCCCGCUCAGGGCCGCGGCCAAGAGCUUCGUCAAGCCGCCGUCCCUCGCCAACCUCGACAAGGUCAACUCCAAUAGCCUGGACCUGCCGGCGUCUGGCGACUCCCACGCACCCAAGGCCACAGACCUGCACGCUCCGGGCCCGGCUGCCGGGGGCCCCCUCACCUCCUGCUUCACCCCCAGCCCGGCCCCCAUCCUCAACAUCAACUCGGCCAGCUUCUCGCAGGGCCUGGAGCUCAUGAGUGGCUUCGGCGUCCCCAAGGAGCCCCGCAUGUACCCCAAGCUCUCGGGGCUGCACCGGAGCAUGGAGUCCCUACAGAUGCCCAUGAGCCUACCCGGCGCCUUCCCCAGCGGCGCCCCCGCCCCCGGCAGUCCCGCUCCCCCCACCGCCCCCGCCGCGGAGGACGCCGAGGAGCUGGCCUGGAGCGGAAGCCCCAGGGCCGGGCAGCUGGACAGUAAUCAGCGGGAUCGGAACACUCUCCCCAAGAAGGGGCUCAGGUACCAGCUGCCGUCCCAGGAGGAGGCCAAGGAGCGGCGACACUCCCACGCCGUCGCAGGGCUGCCUGAGUCAGACGACCAGUCGGAGCUGCCGUCGCCCCCUGCGCUGUCCAUGUCCCUGAGCUCCAAGGGCCAGCUCACCAACAUCGUGAGCCCCACCGCGGCCACCACGCCAAGAAUCACCCGCUCCAACAGCAUCCCCGCCCACGAGACGGCCUUCGAGCUGUACGGCGGCUCCCAAACGGGGAGCACCCUGUCCCUGGCCGAGAGACCCAAGGGGAUGAUCCGGUCAGGAUCCUUCCGAGACCCUGCGGACGAUGUUCACGGCUCCGUGCUCUCCUUGGCCUCCAGCGCCUCAUCCACGUACUCCUCAGCUGAGGAGAGGAUGCAGUCUGAGCAAAUCCGAAAGCUUCGCCGGGAACUGGAGUCGUCCCAGGAGAAAGUAGCCACCUUGACCUCUCAGCUCUCAGCCAACGCCAACCUGGUGGCGGCUUUCGAGCAGAGCCUGGUGAGCAUGACCUGCCGCCUGCGGCACCUGGCCGAGACCGCCGAGGAGAAGGACACGGAGCUGCUGGACUUGCGGGAAACCAUAGACUUCCUGAAGAAGAAGAACUCUGAGGCGCAGGCUGUCAUUCAAGGGGCCCUCAAUGCCUCAGAGGCCACACCCAAAGAGCUCCGGAUCAAGAGGCAGAACUCCUCUGACAGCAUCUCGAGCCUCAACAGCAUCACCAGCCACUCCAGCAUCAGCAGCGGCAAGGAGGCCGACGCCAAGAAGAAGAAGAAGAAGAGCUGGGUCUACGAGCUCCGAAGUUCCUUCAACAAAGCCUUCAGUAUAAAGAAGGGGCCCAAGUCAGCCUCCUCCUAUUCUGACAUCGAGGAGAUCGCCACGCCCGACUCCUCUGCCCCCUCGUCCCCCAAACUGCAGCACGCAUCCACCGAGACUGCCUCACCCUCCAUCAAGUCCUCCACCUCGUCUUCUACAGGCACCGACGCCCCCGAGGGCCCCGCUCCCCCGGCCCCCCAUGUUCGGCUGUUCCAUGGAAGCGAGGAGGAGGAGCCGGAGAAGAAGGAGGUGUCCGAGCUGCGCUCAGAGCUGUGGGAGAAGGAGAUGAAGCUCACAGACAUCCGCCUGGAAGCCCUCAACUCGGCCCACCAGCUGGACCAGCUGCGGGAGACCAUGCACAACAUGCAGGUCAGUCCUGCAGACCGGCUGAAAGUGGCCCCGGGCCCCUCGGCGGGCUCCGCUCCUGGGCAGAUCCCGGGAUCGUCGGCUCUAACCUCCCCUCGUCGGUCUUUGGGCCUGGCGCUCACCCAUCCCUUCAGCCCAAGCCUCGCAGACACAGACCUGUCCCCCAUGGAUGGUAUCAGCACCUGUGGUCCAAAGGAGGAGGUGACUCUCCGGGUGGUGGUGAGGAUGCCCCCCCAGCAUAUCAUCAAAGGGGACCUGAAGCAGCAAGAGUUCUUCCUGGGGUGCAGCAAGGUCAGUGGGAAGGUUGACUGGAAGCUGCUGGACGACGCUGUUUUCCAGGUGUUCAAGGACUACAUCUCUAAGAUGGACCCGGCCUCCACGCUGGGACUGAGCACCGAGUCCAUCCACGGCUACAGUAUCAGCCACGUGAAACGGCUCCUGGACGCGGAGCCCCCGGAGUUGCCCCCCUGCCGCCGAGGGGUUAACAGCAUAGCGGUCUCCCUCAAAGGUCUCAGGGAGAAGUGUGUGGACAGCCUGGUGUUUGAGACUCUCAUCCCCAAGCCCAUGAUGCAGCACUACAUCGGCCUCCUGCUCAAGCACCGGCGCCUCGUUCUCUCGGGCCCCAGUGGCACCGGCAAGACCUACCUGACCAACCGCCUGGCCGAGUACCUGGUGGAACGCUCCGGCCGCGAGGUCACAGAGGGCAUCGUCAGCACCUUCAACAUGCACCAGCAGUCCUGCAAGGAUCUGCAGCUGUAUCUCUCCAACCUGGCCAACCAGAUAGACCGGGAAACAGGAAUUGGGGACGUCCCCCUGGUGAUCCUAUUGGAUGACCUCAGUGAGGCAGGCUCCAUCAGCGAGCUGGUCAAUGGGGCCCUGACCUGCAAGUAUCACAAAUGUCCCUAUAUUAUUGGUACCACUAAUCAACCGGUAAAAAUGACACCCAAUCACGGCUUGCACCUGAGCUUCAGGAUGCUAACCUUCUCCAACAACGUGGAGCCUGCCAACGGCUUCCUGGUUCGCUACCUGCGGAGGAAGCUGGUGGAAUCAGACAGCGACGUCAACGCCAACAGGGAGGAGCUGCUGCGGGUGCUGGACUGGGUGCCCAGGCUGUGGUACCACCUGCACACCUUCCUGGAGAAGCACAGCACCUCUGACUUCCUCAUCGGUCCCUGCUUCUUUCUGUCCUGCCCCAUCGGCAUUGAGGAUUUCCGGACCUGGUUCAUUGAUCUGUGGAACAAUUCCAUCAUCCCCUACCUACAGGAAGGGGCCAAGGACGGCAUCAAGGUUCACGGGCAGAAAGCUGCUUGGGAGGACCCUGUGGAGUGGGUCCGGGACACUCUUCCCUGGCCCUCAGCCCAACAAGACCAGUCAAAGCUGUACCACCUGCCGCCCCCCACUGUGGGCCCUCACAGCAUUGCCUCGCCCCCUGAGGACAGGACAGUCAAGGACAGCACCCCCAGCUCCCUGGACUCAGACCCACUGAUGGCCAUGCUGCUGAAACUGCAGGAAGCUGCCAAUUACAUCGAGUCUCCAGACAGAGAGAGCAUCCUGGACCCCAGCCUUCAGGCCACGCUCUGAGGGCCCAGCGACCAGUCACAGGACAGCGGGGCGGGGACAGUGCUGUGCUGUCCCCUCUUUCCCGCUUCCUCCCAGCGCGGGCUCUCCAGCCCCAGGACAGGAGGGGCCGUGGAGGAAGGGGCAGGUUCCUGGUGCUGCACCUUGGAGAACUCCCUGUGGGACUGACGGGUGGACUCGCGUCCCCAGAUCCAUCUCCUAGUCUCCUCCGGUGACUUUGGGGAGAAGAUGAUCCUGACUCUUUUUCCUUGAUUUCUUGUCUCAAUUACAAACUCCUGGGCCUUCUGGGGAGGGGUUUAGAAGACAUCAAACAAGCCUGCGGUAGUUCCUAACUGAUUCUCAUGAACGGCUCAGAGACACAGCCUCACCUGGGGAAGACUUCUGGGAGGAGGGGGCUCCUGGACCCUCCCUCGGACUCUGCCCAGUUCCAUCCACUGCCAACAGCUCUCCCUGCCCCCAAGAUCCGGCUGCAGCCCGGAAAAAAAAAAAAAGCAUGUGGUUUACAAACAUUAAAUCAAUCUGUAAAAGGUUUAAAAAAAACAGGAAAAAAGGAAGCUGGAGGAAGGAAGUCCAGUUGUGAGGUGUUCUGCCCGCCCCCCUUCUGGACACACAGGGGAUACCAGCGAGACAGCUGCCCACCUGAGACACGGCCAGACCACGAGGAUGCCACUGCAGCCUUCAGAGAAAUGCCGCCAGCUCUGCUCACAUCGUCUAAAUUAACACACGAGUCAAUAAACCCGACUUUUUUUUUAAUUUUUGUUUUGUUUCCACUUUUCCCUCCCAUUUGCCUACUUAUUCUCUUCUUCUUUCUCGGCUUGUUUUCCUGUAUCCUCACAAGUCCACGAAUGCUCAAGCUGCUUUUCCUGGGGCUGGUCUGGCUCUUCCAAGCUGCCCUGUGGAGAGUCCAACGCCGGGCGACUGGCACCCUCAAGACGCCUGCCACGCAGCCGUGUCUGGCACCUUUGGGGCUCUCAUAGGACCUAAAGUGCCAGCACAGUAUUGGGACAGGAGGGACCUCGAAUCCCACACGUUCUCCCUGGAGCAUGGCGGCCAGUCUCUGGAGGAGAACGUGGGCCCAUUCUGACAGAAGACCUCAGCUGAGCUUCCCCACGGACUGGAGGGAAACCGGAAACUAGAAAUCUCCCUCCGUCUGUGGCCUGUGGAGCCCCUCACUGCACUGUUCUGAUGGCAGCUGCUUUGCCUGACUGAAUCCAAAACCCCUGCUGGCUUUUACUGUUGGUUCUGAACGAGCGAAGAUUCACUUAGGUGUGGACACCCACUUGAGACCUCCCAAUCAGAAUAUAAGGAGUCUGAUUUGGUGGCAAAGAUCUGCCUUCCAAAGGGAUCCACCUUUUGCAGAAGUUGCCCUGAAGGUUCGGCAAGUCCUAAUUGGACAAGCAUUUAUUGGGCACUUACUGUGUACCAGUCACUAGGUAUAAAGAAAGACGUGAACCCUUACAUUCACAGUCUAGUAGGAAACAUUAAUCUCCACUAAACACACAUCUCCUUAUCUUCUGGACCCUCAGGAUCACCUGAGAAAUGGCGUCCAAACCACAGGAACUAGCCAUAAAGAAGCCCACGAUUAACUGCCCAGUGCACUGGGUUGCCUGGCGAGGCUAUGGUUUGGCUCUGCAGACCAGGGAUCUGUGAUGCUCUUUGGAGCCCCAAGUAGCACACACUCUUAUCAGAACCUACAGGCACAGUAACCACUAACCUGGCUCUCUCUGUCCCGCCAAACCAAGGAGCAGCUGCAUCUGAAUCUUCCUAUCAGAAGAGGUUCACUUAGGUCCAAAAGGUGGUCAGAUUGCUCCUCCCAGAAGCUUCUGCAUUCACCUGGUGGCACCCAGCGAUGACGGGUCUUAUCUGCUGGAGGGGAUGUCUGUUGAUGCUGCUAGAGCUGUGAAGACCCCAACCCUGCCAGAAAAUAUGCAAUUCUCCCACUGGAAGAGGCUGUCUGUCCAAGGAUGGUGCUGACAUCACUGCCUUAAGGUCUCUGCCGUGCAGAAGGAGGCGGCCCUGGAGCGGGGCGUCCCAGGAAGGACAAGACGACGUCCCACCAGGUGGCCUCCCCUGGGCGCUGGCCUCCAGGCCCCGCCUUGGCCAUGGCCCCAUGGCUGGGCUCAGGCCCCAGCGCUGUCCCCCCAGGGCUGAGCCCUGUCUCUGUUCUCGGUGCUGCCCGGCCGGUGCCUUCUGUCCUGGGUGUUACUGGCGACUUGAGAAAAAGGAAAGGGGUGACCCCCUUCCUCCAUUCCAACUGCCUCAGAACCCCUGGAGCGAUGCCUGCCUCCCCGGUCAGCGUGCACUCUGCCUGGAUCUCAGCAGGUUGGCUUGGGAGGCCUGGGAUUCUGGCGCCUCAUCUCUGACCCCUGGCCCACAGCUCUUCUCAGCCAACAGCAGCAUUGCACUUGGCUCUUCAGCUGCUUGCCUCCAGAAAGUGGGCUCCCAUCUGGUGAGGGGGCACCGCCCACCACUGUCCCUCUGGAGCCUGGACUCUGUUUCCAGUUGUCCACCUGGGCCCCUGGCUGUGGGUGACGGUCAUCCCCCAGGAAUCGCGGCGACAUGGCGAUUGCGGCUGGCCGAGCCUCCUCACGGUGCUAGGCCCCUCGGCGCUCACGCAGGCUCCUCUGAAGCCAACACCCCCCUCCGCCCCCACCCUGGAGUGAGUGGCCAGCGCAGAUCCACAGCAUCCUCUCCCACCUGUCCCCCUGCUUCUUGGUUGAGACGCUGGGACCCCUCAGAAAGGGACGGCCAGGUCCCAGGGCUAAACUCGCACCCUGGCACCUUGAGAAAACCCAGCCCCUCCAGGACCAGACGGUGCCGCCCCCUCCCACCCCCAGCUCCUCUCCUCACCGCAUCUGGCGAGCAGACCACGUGCUUCGGUGCCCAGCCCCACUUCAGGGCAGAGGUGCGACCACGGCCCCCAUUUCUGGAUGAAGGAGACCACCACAUUUUGUCCAGUGUGUUUGUCCUCCGCUCCUGCUUAGGCACCAGAAAUAAAGCGCGAGGUGUCGAGGCCGGCA